GCAUUGCAUUGCAGUGUAGCAGGCAUCUCCGUGGGCAAUUGCUGGCUGGCCUAGCUAGCUAGAAGUAUCUCAUAUCCGGGUAUAGGAGUAUCUCUCUCGCUUUCUCUAGCCAUGACGCUGGUGAGGAUGCCUUGCCGCCUCUGCUGCUUCCUGCUCGUCGUCGCCGCCUCCGCCGUCUCCGGGCGGGGGCGGGUGGUCACCACCCUCCCGGGCUACGAGGGCCGCCUCCCCUUCCACCUCGAAACAGGGUAUGUGGAGGUGGACGAGGACGCCGGCGCGGAGCUCUUCUACUACUUCGUCCGGGCCGAGUCCGGCGCCGACGACAGCGACACCCCGUUCGUCCUCCGGAUCCCCGGCGGCCAACGCUGCUCCGCCUUCAGCGGCCUCGCCUACGAGAUAGGUCCCAUCAUGUUCGUCGUGGAGCCCUACAACGGCAGCUUGCCGCGCCUGCGCUACAACCCAAACUCGUGGACAAAGGUGGCGCAUAUUCUUUUUGUGGAUUCGCCAGUUGGGGCCGGGUUUUCCUUCUCCAGAGAUGCCAAAGGCUACAACGCUGGAGCGGUAUCAACCACGCUGCACUUGGCGAAGUUCCUCAACAAGUGGUUCAACGACCAUCCUGAGUACCAUGCAAAUCCUUUCUACAUCGAUGGAGAAUCAUACGCUGGAAAAAUUGUACCAUUCCUUGCACAGAUGAUUUCAGAAGGUAUUGGAGCAGGAAUGAAGUCGGCACCUCGUCUCAAGGGCUAUCUAGUGGGCAACCCGUCCACAGAGGAGCGUAUUGAUGUUAGCGCUAGAGUGCCUUGUGCUCACGGGUUUGGGAUUAUAUCACAUCAGUUGUAUGAGAUGAUAUUGGGGCAUUGCCAUGGAGAGGACUACUCCAAUCCUGCAAAAGAGUUGUGUGGUCAGGCACUGAAGACCUUCAAUGAUCUCACCUCGGAAGUUGCGCAAGGCCAUGUACUGCAGGAGAAAUGCGUCGCGGCGUCGUCGUCUCCUGUGCUGAACGCAAACAGCAGGGUGGCCGGCGGCUCGUCGUCGUGGGCCUCAGAUGGCAGGAAGAUCCUACGGGAGGAAGAAAUGGUGGGACGACGCGGAGUACUGGGCAAGCUAUUUCAUCCACCGGCUCUUCCUCCAUUCAGUUGCAGAGUUUACCGGUACUACCUGUCGUAUUUCUGGGCAAACGACAGGCGCACCCGGGAUGCUCUUGGGAUCAAGGAGGGCACCGUGGAUGAGUGGGUCAGAUGCCACAACGACGACCAAGAGUUGCCUUACGAGAGCGAGCUGAAGAGUGUCGUCAAGUACCACCGGAACCUGACGUCCAGAGGCUACCGAGCCAUGGUAUACAGCGGCGACCAUGACCUGCUGGUGCCACAUCUGGGCACCCAGGCCUGGGUCAGGUCGCUCAACUUCCCCGUCGUGGACGACUGGAGGGCGUGGCAUCUCGGUGGCCAGUCAGCUGGAUUUACAAUAACUUACUCAAACAACAUGACAUUCGCGACGAUCAAGGGCGCCGGGCAUACAGCACCUGAGUACGAGCCGGAGAGGUGUUUCGCCAUGUUCAGCCGUUGGAUCCUCAACCGGCCACUCUAAUCCAUCGGUGAAUGAAGAGAUUCGUGUGUAAAUCUUUCUUCACGAAACUACUGGCUAUAAGAUGUACGUGGAUGGAAUAAAAUGCUGGCUAUGAACCCUUGAUGCUGAUGAUAUAUACUCCAUCAGUGUGGUGAAGCCAGAUAUGUAUUGUAGGAAUAAAUAAAAGUACAAAACGGAUGUACAAAGGUACGUACAGUGCCCUCUAGCUACGCUACAUUAGCAAUAUACACGUUCAUAUACAUAAUUUUC